AUGGCAACAAAUCUGUGGCUCGCGGGUGCGCUGCUCGCCAGCGUCGUCUCUAUUGUCUCGUUCGUAGUGACCAAGCUCCGUGCUCCAGGCUUUCACGUCGAAGGUAAGCACGUGUUCAUUACUGGUGGAAGCUCUGGCUUGGGACUAGCGCUGGCCAAGAAGUAUGCACGACAGGGGGCCAAGGUAUCUAUCGUAGCGCGUGGCCUAGAAGCGCUGGAGCAAUCCAAGACCGACAUCGAGCGUGUGUGCAAGCACGCGGACGCCAGAGUGUUUAUCCAGUCGUGCGACGUCGCCGACUUUGCCAGUGUUCUGAAGGCAGUGGAUGCUGCCAACAAGUUUCACGGCCGUGCGACUGACCACGUCGUGUGCUCGGCAGGUUACGCUGUUCCUGGUUACAUCGUGGACCAGGACGUGAGUCUGCAUCGAAAGAUAAUGGACGUUAACUAUUUUGGUGCGCUGCAUGUCAUCAAGGCGGCUUUGCCAGCUAUGAUGCAGUGCUCGGAAAACGAAGGAAAUGCCGGGCACAUUGUCCUCAUUAGUUCUGGACUUGGACUCAUUUCUUGGGUUGGCUACUCGCAGUAUUCUGCUUCCAAGUACGCACUACGUGGACUGGCCGAGUCGUUGCGGAACGAGCUCAAGCUAUACGGAAUCCGCGUGAGUAUUUUCUAUCCUGGCAAUAUUGACUCGCCUGGGUACGUGGUGGAAAAUCUUACCAAGCCAGCUGAGACCAAAGAAAUCGAAGGUGUGAGUGCACUUGUUCCGCCGGAAGACGUGGCACAGUCCCUGAUCGACGGAAUGAGCGACGGCCACUUCAGCAUCACGAACGAUAUCAUGAUCUUCUUCCUGCGUAUUCUCGGUAACGGUGUUGCGCCGCGGUACAACACGAUGCUGGAGACUGUGAUGCUGCCGCUGCUUAUUCCCAUCCAGGUCGGUUUCGGUGUUUUCAUGGACUUCACCGUUUGGAGAACCAAGAGUGCCCGCGAGUGUAAGCCCAAGCUCGAAUAA